AUGUCUCGUCAACACAUCGUCUCCCACUACACACGUCUCCUCGCCCGCUGGCCCAAAGACGCUCUCCGUCCCGAAAAGACGUUUCAGCAAAUCAUCCUCGAGCCCCGACUGCAAGCUGCUCCCACUGCAAGUCCCGCAGGCGUCACGUCCGAGGCUAUCUCAUCCCCUUCCGCCACCUCUUCGUACGUCAGGAACGAGAACAACGAAGUCAAUGCUGCAUAUCUUUUGCUGGAGAAUAGCUUCUCGAAACAAUUCCGACCUGGGAAGCGGUUGAUGGAACCGAUGAGUAAUCCGAAACAUUAUGAGAACUUGCGAAGAGAGUUGGAGGAGUUGCCGAACAGGAGUCUGUGGGGAAAUUGGUUGCAGAGGAUGAAGAGUAUGGUGAGGAUGAAGUGAAUGAUUGCCCGAGCAAGAGCGAGGGCAAAGACAUGGCAUGACGCAUUCGAGGAUGUGUGAAGAUUUGAGCGCGUGGACUGGGUGUGGGAACAAGUACCAUAUCUGCCUAUAGGGCGUGCCUGAAGCAGGAGAGACUGCCACCACAUCGGGUGCUUCAACAUGGAGCAUGUUGCUACCAUGAUUGGGCGCACUAUAUGAAGAUCGCGAUUGGCAGGUCCCAUGGAACUCUCGAGGAUGAUGCACGUCCCGUCUGUGGCGUCGGAGCAUGUAGGAAACUGUCUGCAUGUCACGAUGGACAACUGAGGGAGACUCGGUCUUUGGGAUUGUACCAUGACUUGUCUCAAUGGCGAGAUUGGCAAUGACAGAUCCACGAGUCGCGUUCGCUAUAAUCUCAGUGCGCCCUCGUCUUCACCUUAUUCGCAUCAAAGCAUUCUGCUCCUUACUUGGGCCACCGAUAUCGAACCAAAUUUCGCUGGCAUUGACAAGAUUUUUUGGCAUACGGCGCAGGUCAAGAUUGUAUUCUGUGGCUUCCUUCAGCACAGUGUUUACAGCACACCUUCACCCAGGUCUUAGUGGAUCUCUAGCUUUGGCAGUCCUUAACGCCAUUCAUUUUCGCUCCAAAGUCGCACCUGAAGUCGGAAAUGUGGCCAGGAUAUUGCUUCAUGUAGCUCUGCCAUGUCCACUGUGCGGCGCCAUGACGGUAACUCGCACAAGCUCGCAACUUCAGCUUCAAACAGGACACACGUCGUCUUGUGUGCUGCCUUGGCUGCGAGAUGCCCCUGGAGCCUGCUCUGGAUGUGCACCAGAUGGCUAUCGGUUUUGCUUCGGCCGAUUGUGCGAGGCCCAAGGUGAUGCCGUUGAACGAAGAGGGACCAAGGACCUGGAGGCUGUUGUUGUAGAAACCCGCGGUAUCUUGGAGUAUAGCGCACUGCUGCAACCGCAGUCGAGAUCGCUCGAUGCUGGAAGACUCGCUAAUCGGACGGGCACGAUCCAGUCGUCGUGGCGACUUCCACCUCACGGCUGUUGUUUGUUGCUGCCGGCCGCCGAUGCACGCACGUACCUGUACUUUCUUCCUCAUAAUAAACACAGCGGCCGCUCCCGAGGUAGUCGUCUUCCUCGUUCCUGCGUCUCCUUCGUGUCCUUCUCCUUCUUCUUCUUCUUCUGCUUCUUCUUCC